CACUUUUGGGGACCAAUGGCUAAUUGGGGGUUGCCCUUGGCAGCCAUCGGUGAUCUAAAAAAAAAUCCAGAGCUGAUUUCUGGUAAAAUGACCACAGCGUUGUUUUUAUAUUCUGCCAUUUUUAUGAGAUUUGCUUAUAAAGUGCGACCACAAAAUAAUUUAUUGCUUGCUUGUCACAUUGCAAACGAAACUGCACAAGGAAUACAAAUUUACAGAUUUAUGGAUUUCUGGUACAUAAAGUCCGAAAAAGAAAGAAGGGAUACUAGGGAAUGUUUUUCUCUUACUUAA